CUUCAUGAAAAGCUCAUCCCACAGUACCAGUCAUGUACCAGUGUGAUGCAAGGCAGCUCCGCACCAUUCACCGUCUUUAAAAUGACCGACAGAAGUCCCUUUCGAUGUUCUUGGCAAGCAAAACACGACUUCAUUCUGUUCCUGGUUUUUCACUCCUGCUGCUUUCAAACUGUUCAUGGUGGGCUACAAGCUUUUUCGAUCAUCGGCAAGUCGGCAUCACAAAGUACGAGUCACCCUUCAUUCCCAGCAGGAAAUGCUAUCGACAACAACGUCAACUCGUUUUCACAUACCGUCGACGGAGGCGACCUUCAUCCUUGGUGGCGAGUGGACCUCGGUGCUGAACACUGCUUGGGGGAACUCACCGUCAUAACUCGACAAGGAUGCUGUGGCCAACGUCGCUUUGCCGCUGCGGUGGCUAGAGCGGGGCCCAGUCCAAACUACGCCGAGAACCAACCGUGCGGCUUGCCAGUCCCAAGAGCCCAAGCCACAGACGGAGCCAGGAUUACCUUCCCAUGUGCACCGGCUCGGAUGGCUCGAUACGUCACCUUGGACAUAAACUCGACCAGCUCUGAUGUGACAAAAGCACUUCUGCAGUUAGCUGAAGUGACGGUGAAAGUAUACACAGCAGGAGAAUGUGAUGCAGUUGACGUUGCUACUUCGACUCCAAAGGCCAGGACCCCCAAUUUCAACAAAAUUCACAAGGAUGGCUUGAUUGCAAACUCCCGUCCCCUGUCCGUAAAGGUGGCCAAGUCUGUGUUAAGGUGUGCCGGAUACUGCGCCAAAGAUAUCCGCUGUUUCUCUUUCGACUUUGCACAAGGAGACGGUCAGUGUCGACUUUACAACCUCAACACAACCGACAUAGAGAUGACUCCCAGUCGGUAUUUCUCAGUCUAUGUGUUAAUGUAGAUAUUUAAUGCUCCAUUCGCUAUGUAGUAUCAUAGCUGCUGAAAUAAUAACGCUUAUAGAUUGUUUGCUGUAUUUCCUUUAUUAGGAUGAAAUAUUGGACCUAUACGUAAUUCCUUAAUUAGGAUGAAAUAUUUGACCUAUACGAUUGAGCAGCUUAUCUUGACACGUUGCAGUUUAACAAAAUACAGGCACAUAAGUUAACAGCGGUGUAACAAUGCUGAGAUUUGAAUAGGUGGGAUACAGUUUAGUAGUGUUGUAUAAAAAGAAUAAUGUUGACAACACGUACUAACUUUUGAGAAAAAAAAACUUUUAUUCUAAACUAUUCUACAACUUGUAAAAGAAAGAGUGGGAUUACUGCGCAUAGAGGUGUUGCUUGGAGAGUGGUUGUGAUGAGAAUGGCUAAAAAUGACCAAGUGGUAAAAAAUGGUUGGGUACACAGGCCUGAAGAACAAGGGUAAAUCUAAUUAUAAAAGUUAUAAAUCCUAGAUAAGAAGUCUGCCAGUGGCAUGUGGUAAGAAGGGCAAAGCAAUAAAAGUGGGUCCUUGUGUAGGAGUGCUCUUAAAUCAAUUAGUGGGUUUGACAUUACAGAGUCAGGCUUGACAUUACAGAGUCAGGCUUGACAUUACAGGGUCAGGCUUGAC